AUGGUCCUGGGCUGGGAGCAGCAGCCGGGCCUGUGGGCAGGAGAGUUGUCCUUUACAUGUCACAGCUGGCAGGCACUUGGCUGGAGAUGUGGGGAUGAUAAAAAGCAGCUCCAGGCUCUUUUCUGUUCUUUCCCCAGCCUAGGAUGUUCUGUUCCUCAAGGUGCUCAGAGCCAGCAGGGCUGGCUGGAACUGCAGCCCCCCACUCACACUGAAAGCCUGGGCACUGCCACUGCCCCUCAGCAGCACCUGGGGCUUCUCAUAUGGCAGAGUCCAGACUCACCCGAGCGGGUUCCCGACAACCCAAACGGCAUCGAGGACGCCGUGCACAGCCCAGGGAGCCUGGCAGCCAAGCCAAGGAGGGGGGCACAGGGGACACAGCCCUCCCUGGGACACGUGGAUCCUGCUGAGGCAUCUUUUGGGACUCUCUGCACCCUCAGGAGGCUGUUCCUGCUGCUCGGGGUCGCGGGGCUGCUGGCGGGGACGGCGGCUGGGACGUGGCUGCUGGUGAAACACCUGCAGGAGGCUCACCCAGAGCCGGGGUCCCCCCCGCUGCAGGAGCCGGAUGCGAUCCCAGCGUGCGGUGACGGGGAAGAGGAAGAGCCCGUGGUCCGGGGGGCUCCCAGCACAGUGUCUUUCAGAAUAAACACGGCAAACUCCCUGCUGGAAGCUCAGCUGGAAGGACAUCCUGGCUGGCUCCUGGUGUGCCAUGAGGGCUGGAAUGGCUCCCUGGGCACCCUGCUCUGCCAGCAGCUCGGGUACCUCAGAAUGACCCAUCAGAAAGGAGUGAACCUGACGGAUGUCAGGGUGAACGAGGAGCAGCAGUUCCUUCGGGUCAGACCCCACCAGGAAGGGAGCCUGGAAGACUUGUGGCAGGUCAGGAGCAGCUGUGGAUCGGGGCGAGUCGUGGCUCUCAAGUGCUCAGAGUGUGGGCUGCCCCCCGGGGCCGUGCGGGUGGUUGGGGGGGCAGAUGUGCCCCCUGGGCGCUGGCCCUGGCAGGUCAGUGUGUGCCAGGGCUCCCAGCACCGCUGUGGGGGCUCGGUGCUGGCACAGGAGUGGAUCAUCACGGCGGCUCACUGCGUGCACAGCUCCAGGAGGCUCCAGGGCUCUGCCUGGCGGGUGUUUGCAGGGAUUGUCACCCACGGCUCCCUCAGGCAGGAGGCCGGGGUGCCAGUCCAGGAGGUUGUUCCCCACCCGCUCUACAACCACAACAGCCUCGACUACGACAUCGCCCUCAUGAAGCUGCAAGUGCCCCUGAAUUUCUCAGCUGCCAUCCGAGCUGUGUGCCUGCCAUCUUCCCACCAGGACCUGCUCCAGGGCACACAGUGCUGGGUCUCUGGCUGGGGCUACACCACCCCUGACCAAGCGCAGGUGGCCGGGACGCUGAAGGAGGCCCUGGUGCCCCUGAUCGGGACCCGGAGGUGCAACAGCUCGUGCAUGUACCCGGGGGAGCUCACUGCCAGGAUGUUGUGUGCCGGGUACCCCCGCGGGCAGGUGGACGCGUGCCAGGGGGACAGUGGGGGCCCCCUCGUGUGCUGGGAUGGAUCCACGUGGCGCCUGGUGGGGAUCGUCAGCUGGGGCCAGGGCUGUGCUGAGCCCAACCACCCCGGGGUCUACACCAACGUGGCCCAGCUCCUGCCCUGGAUUCACCAGGUCACUCAGAUCUACUAGAAAUCAGGCAAGGAGGGACUGAUUCAUCCUGUCACUGUAACCUGAACAGAACCCCAAACAUGCUCAGUAUAAAUAGUUUAUUAAAGAAAAUAGCAAAUUACAUUUCUGUGAACAAUAAACAUGGGAGAAGUGGUGCUUUUCAAAACAGGUGGUUUUUUUGGAUUGCUGUGUGUAAAGGGACAAGGGGUCCUAUGAGAUGUCAGUGUAUGGGCAACACUCUCAGCCUUUGGGUGAAUCACUUGGAGGGGAAGAAAAGAAACAGCUGAGUUUUGAGUGGCAGAUUCUGCUUCAGUAUCUCCCUUCUCUGCUGCAUUCCCAUGUGCUGGGCUCAGUCUAACUGCCCAUUAGACUGGACUUCCCUUUCCCCACAUCAGUUAAACCAGAGCAGAAGGGUUCUGCAAGGACUUGGGUGACACAAGUCAGGGC